AUGGCGCCCAAGACGUACGGCGACGAGGACCUCGAGCCCGAGGCGCCCUACCACGAGUCGUCCGACGAAGACUUCAACCCUGACACCGCCCCCGCCGACGACGCCGCCAGCUCGUCUGAUGAGGACGCACCGGUCGCGCGCAAGGGGAAGCGCAGGGCGCCCGUCGACGACGAACUGGACUCCGGCGAUGAGGUCACCAUCGAGGCCGCGCGGAAGAAGAGCACGAAGCGCAAGAAGGGCACGCACGAUGGCCCGGCGUCCGACGACGAGGCCGGCGGGCUGAUCAAGACGCGGGCCCAGCGCGCCGUCGAGAAGAAGGAGACGCGCCCGCUGGCCAGGACCGACGGCGCCACCGUCGACGUCGACGCGCUGUGGGCGCAGAUGACCGCCGCGCCCAUACGCCCCGCAUCGCCAGCACCCCAGCCCACACCCACACACGACGCGCCCGUCGCCCCCGACACCUCCCCCGACGCCGCCCCGCCCGUGGCCCCGCCCGCCGACGCACCCCCCGAGGACGACCUGCUCACCAUCACCAAAACCUUCGUCUUCGCCGGCCAGCCCACCACCGAGGAAAAGCAGAUCCCGCGCUCCGCCCUCGCCACCCACGCCGCCGACGGCUGGACCCCCGCGCGCCCCGCCGCCGCCCCAGUCAGCACCCCGACCCCCGCCAGCCACACGCGCCGCCCGCCCAAGCGGCCCUCGCGCUUCGACCCCAACCCCACGGGCUACGUGCGCGCCCUGCCGCCCGCCCACCAGCUCGCCUGGCCGCGCCAGACCGCCCGCCCGGAUGCCCCGCCGCCCGACGCCCCUGCGCCCGCGCCCGCCCUCAAGCCGACGAAGCUCAAUGUCGUGGCCAAGAGCCGCAUGGACUGGACGGGCUUCGUCGACAAAGCGGGCAUUGCGGAUGAGCUGCACGAGCACGGCAAGAGCAAGGAGAAUUACAUGGACCGGAGGGAGUUUCUGGCGGGUGUUGAGGCGCGGAGGGAUGAGGAGGGCCGCAGGGGGCGCGUGGCGAAUGCGACGGCGUUGACGUAG